AUGGCCGACGACAAAGCACAAGAUGGGUUCGUCGAGUGCGUUGACCCGAGAACCAAUCUCAAGCCCGAACCUCGCAUCACCGGAACAGUGAAUUUGAUCGAAGAUGGAGAGAUCAUUCUCAUCCCGCGGCCGACAGCUGACCCUCAGGAUCCGCUCAACCUGCCUGAGUGGCACAAAUGGCUGAUCUUAAUCAUUGUCGCGCUCUAUGCUAUGACCGGCAACCUACUCGCCAGUGGAAUUGGCAUAUUGAUUCCUCAGUUGAACGAAGUCUAUAACAAUGAUCCCCAUGUCGAUGAUCUGGUGACUUGGCCAGCUUUCUACAUGGGCUUAGGCAAUCUUAUUGCUAUGCCGAUUGCAGAUGCUAUCGGUCGUCGUCCAGUCUACCUGCUUUCGAAUGUGAUCCUGAUUAUAGGCAGCAUUUGGUGCUCUUACUCAAACAGUCUAGGCUCCCAUAUUGGGGGCCGCGAUUUUAUGGCACUGGCAGCCGGGCAAAGCGAAGCCCUGUGUGUGCUGAUUGCAGAAGAAACAUUCUUCAUGCACCAGCGUGGUAACCGCAUCGCAUGGUUCUGCUCCCUGCAGACACUUGGAACGGCGCUCUUCAUCAUCGCUAGCUCAUAUAUCAGCAACAGUAUUGGGUGGCGAUGGUGGUAUGGAAUCUUCGCUAUCAUAACCGGUUUUACUUUUGUACUCUCGAUCUUGUUCGUUGUCGAGACCAAGUACGAUCGGCCUCUGGACAGCUUCUUCGGUGGCAGCGAUGAUUCUGCCGAGGGCAAGGUUACUGCCUCUCAAAGACGUAACUUAGAUUUUGUCAACUUCAAAGCCAGAUCAUUCUGGAACGACCUUAAGCCCUGGGGAGCAGUCAAGCCCCAGUGGAAGGAAAUUCCAAAGUUCUGGUAUCAUCUGGGCCAACUAACUCUCUUCCCCGCAGUUCUUUGGCUCGUUCUUUGCAGUGGUGCCCUCUUGGGCACUUAUAUCUUAAUGACUGCUGUAUUCGCCCAGGUUCUGAUGGCCCCUCCAUAUAGCUUCAACCCCAACUACCUUGGAUUUGUUAUGGGAGGUCAAGCAGUGGUCGCGUUUGUUGUUCAGCCUAUUGCCGGGUACGGAAGUGAUAUUGCUCUAAAAUAUCUGACAACGCGAAACAAAGGAGUUAGCGAGCCCGAGUACCGACUUAUUCCUGCUAUUCUACCUGCUGCAGUCGCAAUCGUCUCGUGUGUGAUAUAUGGACGCUCAUGCGAGUAUCCAGCUGAUUGGGCUUGGACGGGUGUCGUCAUCCCUAUGAAUGCCCUGUUCUACAGUUUUGUCAGUGUCGUUGUCCUUGGGUUCGUCUAUACCAUGGACUGCUAUCCUCAACGCGGUCACAUUGCCAUGGUGGCACUUUGUGCGGGUCGAGGAUUCAUAUCUUUCGGUAUUUCUUUCGGUACUACCGCGUUUGUGAGGGUAUCAGGAUAUGACGGAGCGUUAGACAUCUGCGCCAUUGUACUCGGAGUGCUGACUAGCUUUGGCUUCGUUACUUACUUCUUCGGAAAGAGUUUCCGUAAGUUCACUCAGCGAUGGGCUGUGGACGAGUAA